UUCUGCCUCUGCAGAUACUGGGCUAACUUAAAGUUGUGGUUCAAGCAGAAGAUCAGCAAAGAAGAGUUUGACCUUGAAGCUCAUAGACUUCUCACACAGGAUAAUGUCCAUUCUCACAACGAUUUCCUCCUGGCCAUUCUAACGCGUUGUCAGAUUUUGGUUUCUACACCAGAGGGUGCUGGAUCUUUGCCCUGGACGGGGGGGUCUGCAGCCAAACCUGGAAAGCCAAAGGGAAAGAAAAAACUUCCUUCUGUUCGUCAGAAAUUUGAUCAUAGAUUCCAGCCUCAGAAUCCCCUGUCAGGAGCCCAGCAGUUUGUGGCAAAGGAUCCCCAGGAUGAUGACGACUUGAAACUUUGUUCCCACACAAUGAUGCUUCCCACUCGCGGUCAGCUGGAAGGGAGGAUGAUAGUGACUGCUUAUGAGCAUGGGCUGGACAACGUCACCGAGGAAGCCGUUUCAGCUGUUGUCUAUGCGGUGGAGAAUCACCUUAAAGAUAUACUGACAUCAGUUGUGUCAAGAAGGAAAGCUUAUCGGUUACGAGAUGGCCAUUUUAAAUAUGCCUUUGGUAGUAAUGUGACCCCACAGCCAUACCUGAAGAAUAGUGUAGUAGCUUACAACAACUUAAUAGAAAGCCCUCCAGCUUUUUCUGCUCCCUGUGCUGGUCAGAAUCCAGCUUCUCACCCGCCCCCGGAUGAUGCUGAGCAGCAGGCUGCACUCCUGCUGGCAUGCUCUGGGGACACUCUGCCUGCAUCUUUGCCUCCAGUGAACAUGUACGACCUUUUUGAAGCUUUGCAGGUACACAGGGAAGUCAUUCCUACACAUACUGUGUAUGCCCUUAACAUUGAAAGGAUCAUCAUGAAACUCUGGCAUCCAAAUCAUGAAGAGCUGCAGCAAGACCAAGUCCAUCGCCAACGCUUGGCUGCCAAGGAGGGGCUUUUGCUCUGCUAAAUUAGGACUUGAGGGUGUGGGACCCUCACUGAUUACCGAAAAUGGAAUGUUUUUUGGCUGCACAUUUCAAGGCUGAAAUGUAUAGUGUAUAUAUAACUUUUCCUAUGGAAAUGUAACAUCGAGUACAUUUUGUGUUGCUACUGUGAAGCCAUUACAAUAAAUCUGACGUGGAUAAUGACUCAUAUCUGUGUACAUGUGUCCCAGUUAUGGGAGCAGGUACUGAUGAAGUUCUGUGCCCGGAAUGGAGAUAUUUAGGCAUCUGAGACUCAGUGUCCUAUGGUCUGCAUGUAAGAUAGAUGACAUUCUAGAACAGAAAAGCUAUUAUAACUUAGUCCCCAUGAUCAGCAGGAUGUUCAUGUGUUUAAUGACAUCAUAUAUUCUGUAUCUGGCAAGAGUAAAAUUUCAGCUUUUCUCCUGAAGAACUGUGCUCUUGCAUUUUGGUUGAAAUAACCUACACAGUGUUAAAAAUCAGGUACCUCCUUUAGUGACCAGUUUAAUUUUUAACAGCUAUAGAUAGGUAGCCUGAACAAUUUAAACUAUUCAUCAUUACAACUCCACAGAAAAUAUGGCUUGGAAAUGCUGUGCUAUUAGACAAAAUAGUCUUUUCUUUGCAUUUAAAACCAAAAUCAAACAAAAUUCUUGGAAUGCAAUUAAUUAACCAUGUAAAGUAUCUUCCCAUAACUCAAGUUCUUUUGGAGUUAAUAUGCCCGAAGACUUUGAUUGGCAGGUUCAUCUAUUAUUCCUAUAGAAUGCGUUUUAAGAAAUUCAUAUAAACAAAUUGGAUUUAUGCUUGGUAAUUCCCCUAUCCUAUGACCUACCCUUUCUAUUGAUAAAGUGAAAUAAUUUACAUUUGACAGUGUUACUGAUAACCAACUUUGUUUUUUUUUAGAGAGAUGUUGCUUUUUACUCAAGAUAGUAUUGAUGGAUAAAUUAGAAUGUAUAGAUGGGUUUGUGUAGGUCUAAGUAGUGGGUGUGUAUAUAUAUAUGUAUAUAUGAUCUAUAUAUCUGGAUCGUGUAUUUGAUUUUGUACUUUAAAUGUGACAAAUAAACCUCUUGGGAGAAA